CAAAAUGUGACGUGCUGGAGAAGUUAACUACAAUGAAAAUAAAGUAUGUUGUUAAGAUUUUCAAUCCUCAAAAGGAACUUUUGGUGUCGGUUAUGGUUCAUAAGAUUUUUGUUCACUUACGGUACGCCGGUUGCGGUUAGUUUCCCAACAGAAUGUAAUACGGGCUCAACAUGGCGGUCAGCCAAUCAGCAAGUGACACGCCGAUUGCGCUUCUCUGAUUAUUCGGGACUCUAAUGGUAUGUACUUUCCGCACCGCUGGAAAAUGCUCACUUGUAUCAUUACCGAGCGUAACGAACUAGUUCGCGUCCACUUUGUCAGGCGGCGCCAAACGUCAGGAGGCUGGUGGCCGCUCUCAGGUUUCUCUCUGCUGCACGUGAAUCGGCUGUCGAAUAACGCAGCGAUGUGAACGCCGCUUGAAGUUGGCUGAUGGUGCGUUAGCGCCUCUAACCUCAAACUUGUAACUUGUACCUUCAACUUGACGUCAAAGCUGGAAGUUUGAGGAGAAUUUAGUUGGUAUCAUGUCCAGUCGUAAUUUAAGCGAAAACCUAUGCUCUGACGAUUGAAGUUGCCUUUCGAGAUGAGCGACUCGGAAGAGGAGAAUUACGCAACAUUCGGCGUUGCUCUCGAUCCGUUGGACGAGGAGAACAUCCCGAGAAAAAAGCCCGUUACGAUCGAAGACCAAUACGCUUACGACGCACAAGGCAGACGCAGGUUUCAUGGAGCGUUUACCGGUGGAUUUUCAGCGGGAUAUUUCAAUACCGUUGGCACUCGCGAUGGCUGGAGACCGCAGCAGUUCAAGUCCUCGAGGAGCAGCAAGGCAGACGGCGUCACUCAACGGCCGGAAGACUUCAUGGACGAAGAGGACACGGAUCUUUUCGGGAUCGCCCCCAAAGGAAUUCGAGCUACCAGUGAUUACGUCGACCAUGGGGACAGAGGAAGGAAGAGGGAAAGAAUAAGUCAGGACAAUACUGGACCUAUCCCUGGCACUCCUGUGCUAAAGGAGCUUCUAAAACCUGUCAAAGAAACGGUUGGUAUAGUUCUGCUUAAGAAGAUGGGCUGGAAGCCUGGUCAAGGUGUGGGCUCGAGACUUACAAAGAGGGAAAAGCGGAAACUGAAGCAACGCAAUGAGAGGUUAAGGCUGGCGCAAGAGAAUCCUGAAAUGAUACUCCCGGCGAGCAACUCCGACGACUCGGACGAUGACGCGGGUGAUGUUACUUUCGCGCCUGACGAUUACGAGCCGUUCAGGUGCAAGCCGAAAGACAAUUAUUUCGGGAUCGGCUACUCCGGGUUGGAUAGGCGAAAAAUCCUCUCCGGUCACAUCAAUUUGUUCGACGCCCCGGCGUUUUGUGUCCAAGAUAAAAAUAAAAAGCUGUCGAUUCACGGCCAGGCGUUCGGGGUCGGUGCGUUUGAGGCGGAUGACGAGGACAUAUACGAAAGGGAGGACAUGUCGCGUUACGAUUUCUCCUUAGGUCCCGAACGUAAGACGAAGACCAGGUGGUCCCAGGAUGGACCCAGUAGUUUGCAGACCGACUGCCUGGAAGGUUUUAUCCGCAUGAGAGAGAGGCUAGAGAGCAAGAAGAUAUUCAGACCGCCGGAGUUGCCGAAAGAUUUUGUCCCGGUGCACGCUGUUAGAAAAAGCCGAUUCUAUCCGCCAAUCGUGGAGACCCCGAUAGAAAAUGGCAAACGCAGGGAGCCUUUAAAUGCCGUGGACCGAGCACGAAUCCUAGAAGAUCCCGAUGAUCACCCAAAGAAACCGCAGCCAUCAGGCACCACGUCCGUCGCUUCGAAUAUCAUUACGAAGACGUUGAAUUUACACGGCAAGCAGCAAACGGAAGAGAGAAGAAAAUUAGAGAGUCGGCAGGCAGCGGCGAAGAGCUCGUGGCUGGAUAAAUUGAACGUGCAGAGUUUCGUAAAAGGCGGCGUCGUUGGGUCCGGACAGGAAAUGGCGGGACAGAAGAAGCUGGAAGAGUACAAGGAGUCCUCUUCCGCGAUCGAGAAAUCGGAUAAAUUGGCCGACAGUGAUUCCUCGAGCAGAAGUGAGACGCAAAAAUUAUUCCUGUCUGAUCCGGACAAACAGAGGCGGUUCGAGCAGUAUCUCACUUUCUCGAAGGACAGCACGUUGAAUAAAUUCGAGAGUACCCAGCCGCUUUCCAUGACCGAUUGGGAGAGGGAGCGGGAACGCGCUGAAUUCGAGCAAGCAGCGAAAUUUGAGUCGAGCGAUUACAUGGCGGACAAGUUCGUGCGUAGCGCUGAUGACAGCGCGGUGGACAAAGCGGGUCCGGAAAAGGACGUGAAGGAGGCGGCAAGAUUGAAGAUGUUCGGCAAGCUCACUCGGGAGCGGAGCGAGUGGAAGCCGGCGAGCAUCGUUUGCAAGAGAUUCAACAUUCCCGAACCGAGAGUCGGCUGCGCUCCGGCCGCGACAGAUCGGAAAUCGACAAGAUUCUCGGUCUUUGACUCUUUAGACUUGCGCAGCUCGUCCAAGUUCACGAAAGCUACGGCCGCAGUCACGCCACGGACGCAAGAGCUGCCGCCACCGUCAAAAGAAACGAGGGAAAACGAGGCGAUUCCCAACGCCAGCCCCGAAGAUGUUCCGUCUAGUCUCUAUCAGUCUUCGGAGCCCGUUUCUGAGAAGUUUAAAAGUUUCGAGGCUUCUUACGAGAAAGUUUUCGGGAAGGAAGGUCAGGAUACCUCCGUGAUACCGCGGGACAUCGAACAGGGUAUCUCGAAAGAUGAAACUACUCGAGAAGCAGGGAACAAGCAAGCGGUCGCUUCUGGAUCAGCGAGCGUGCUGAAACACCAAUCGAAGGAGAAGACGGAUUUGUUCAAGGCGAUUUUCCUCAGCAGCAGCGAGGACUCCGACAGCGAGCCGGAGGAGAACGUUGACAGCGAGGCGGUGAAGUCGGUUUUGAUCGGUAAAAAUCCCAAGGAGAUUAACGCGGAGCGGAACACGUCGCCGCCGCGGGGUAUCUUCGCAAAACUGGAUCUCGACAACUUGGUGACGCAACCGGUACAUAAUGUCACCAGCUCUCCGGCAGCACCUAAGGCAGCGGGGUCGGCAACCGGUGAAUUGCAGAACGAUCUUACGGGUAAGAACGAUAUAAUCGCCGGCACAUCGCAAGCUGAGACACCGCCGAAUGUGUACGGUCCAGCUCUUCCACAAAGAUUAUUAAAGCAGGAGGGCGCUGCAACGACGACCGAAGCUGACAAUGCGGGCCAAUUGCUGAAACCAGUAUUUCGCAGCGUCGUUGUGUCGAAGACCACGGACGGGGGUUCGAAACUGGGUGGAAAAUGGGUGGAGCGAGAUAAGCUGAAAAAGCCAAAGAAGGAGAAAAAGAAGCACAAGCAUAAAGAGCACAAGAGUCCCAAAAGAAAAAAGAAGUCGAAAAAAGAGAAACGCUCGAGGCGUUAAACCCUUCAUCGUAUUCUAGUGGUGUAUUGUUCAAACGGUGUUAAUGUCCGUUGACUUGUGCGCAUGCGCGUGUAAAUAAAUCAAAUUACCUGCGAAAUGAUGCGAUUACUUAAAAAAA